CAUCCCUCCCCUUUGCCUCUCUGCCCCCUUCGCAUCUCUGCCUUUUCCCAUCCCUCCCCUUUGCAUCUCUGCCCCUGCACACCCCCUGUCCCUCGACUCUCUGCAUCUUCGCCCCUUUGCACCCCUGCCUGCUCGGUCCUCAGCCCUUCGGGCAUCUGUCCCUUGCACCCUCCACUCCUCCCUCCCGCCCCUUUGCAUCCUCACCCUUUCGCUCCCCUGCCCGUUCGCAUCUCCGCCUCGCUGCCUCCCUUCCCUCUCCCCCCGGCACCUCCUGCACCUCUCCCGCACCCCCUGUCGCCCGCAGCCUCCGGGGCAGUCCGGCAGCGCCUCCGGGCCGCUCCAGCCCCCCUGACCCCCGUCCCCUGCCCUGCCCGCCCGGCCCGGAGGCCCCGCGAUGCCGCCCCCGCCGCGGCUGCUGGCGCUGCUGGCGCUGGUGUUGGGGCUGGGUCCGGGGGUCCGGGGGGGUGCCGGGGGAGGCUGCCAGCUGCCCGCGGAGUGGCGGCCGCUCAGCGAGGGCUGCCGGGCCGAGCUGGCCGCGAUCAUCGUCUACGCGCGGGUGCUGGCGCUGCACCCCGACCCCUACGGCGCCUACAACUACCUGCCCUGGCAGAGGGACCCCCCCGGCGGCCCCCAGCAGGGAGCGGGGGGCCUCUUUUACUCGGCCGAGAUCGAGCUGCUGUGCGACCAGGCGUGGGGCAGCAUGCUGGAGGUGCCCGCCGGCUCCCGCCUCAACCUCACCGGCCUCGGCUACUUCUCCUGCCACUCGCACACCGUCAUGCAGGGCUACGCUUAUUUCUUCUUCCUCCGAAUGGAUGAGAACUACAUCCUCCUGCCUCAUGGAGUCAACUUCCAGGAGGCGAUUUUCCCCGAUACCCAGGAGAACAGAAGGAUGUUUGCCAGCCUUUUCCAGUUUUCGAACUGCUCACAGGCACAGCAUGUGCUGAGCUUCUCCAGUGACUGGGAGAUUCAAGAGGACAACCGGCUCAUGUGCUCCUCGGUGCAGAAAGCCCUGUUUGAGGAGGAGGACAGAGUGAAGAAGCUGCAGCAGAAAGUGGCGACACUGGAGAAGCGCAACAAGCAGCUGCGAGACCGAGUGAAGAAAGUGAAGAGGUCCCUCCGGCAAGCCAGGAAAAACACCAGGCACAUGGAACUGGUGAACCGAAAGCUCAGUGAGAAACUUUCCUCUGCAGGUGGCCAAAUCCCCUACAUUAACUCUUUGAAGCAGGAGAACUCCCAUGCUACCUACCUGAAAGUAUAAUGCAAGGGUAAGUGCUCAGGCCAAGGAUAGUGGUGAACUUUGCCUGCAUUAGAUCAGCAUCUGGCCCUCACACCUUGUCUAUGCUGUGCUUUUCAAACCUUGCAUGGAAAAUGAAUCUGAACUUGCUUUAGACACAGGAUUAAACAGGAAUGCCAACCGGAUUUGGCACAGCCCAAAACUGAGUCCUCGCUGUCCUCAGUGGACACAGGGCCAGACAGUCAUCUGUGCUUCUCCUUCCUUACCCGCCUCCACCUCCACCACCAGUUUUAGGUUGUCUUUGAGGGAAGUGCCAGCCCAGCCCCAUGGGCCACUGCAGGCACUUGACACAGGAGCUCUUCUUGCCAGCUUACCUCCUCCACAUGGGCUGGGCAAGGCAGGCCUGGGGAUGUAGACGUGGAUGCUGUGGGAAGGAUGGAGGCAUGAAUGCUCUUUGCUCCAUCAUCAUGUCCAAGCUCUCAACCUUGCUUAAGCUUGACUUAAGUCUACAUCCACUGUCUGGGCAAAGGCUAUGUCUGAGACACAGUCAGUUUAGGCCUCUCUUCAACAUGAAGUAUAGAUGUACCCAAAUUGUCUUAAGACUGUUUCUAUAUAACUCUAAAUAUUCUAAAGAAAAUAUCUAAUAAUUUUAAUUUUACCAAGAAGUGCCUCAAGGCUCUUAGUAACUCCCUCAGGUGCCUUUAUCAUUGGUCAACCACCCUGUUUGGAAACCAAAUAAUUUUGGGACUGUGUCUAGGUCCUAAUCCAGCUCCUGCAGUCAGAAGUGGACUUAGCCUGUCUUAGUGGGUGUUGGAUCAGGCCCAGCAGACAAUUUCAGAUCCCAUUUUCAAGCAGGUUUAAUUUACAGUGUGGAUAAGUUUUGUAGUCACUGUUUGAGGUAUAAUGGAGGUUGCUGGGCAGCCUCACUUAGUUACACUUAGAGACUGUAGAGACCACAUCAAUAUCAACAGGGCAUUAAAAAUUUAGGUAGUUUCUAUAUGUAUAUAUUUUAAAAUCCUAUAGAAAAUAUUUUUAUUACACAUUUGAUAUAGUCUAAUUUCUUAAAAUAUGAAGUAAAACCUGUUCCUUGGUUAUCUUGUAAAAAAAAAUAAUCCAUCAUAUCCUUUAGCAGACAUUUACACACUGAAUUCUGCUCAAGCAGUGUAGGUUAAGGCAUCAGUAUCUGUGGCUGGUAAUGUUUUCAGCUGUGUUAAUGAACCAUGUUUUGGGUCUUGGUACUCACCCAACCUUCCUUCGUGACAAGGCACCAUAGGGAGAGAAAGGUAGAAGAGCUUUUCUGUUUUAUUUCCUUUCUCAAAAUAGUUUUUCUUACUCUGAGCAUGAGACCCAAGUGCAGAUUUGGUUCAUGCUUUUUGACAGGGGCAGAUGGUCCUUGCCCAGCCCUGGGCAACACUCACAGUCUGCCAGGGCUAAACCCAGUUUGUGCAAGAUGAACUGGUCCUGGUCCAGAUGAUCUUUAAUACAGAGGUGAGACCUUCAGAAAUAGCGCUAUGGAAACCACUGCUCUGCUCCCAGUGCUCCACAAUUUACCAGAUCCCUGCAUGGUCUCCAUGCUGUGUCUCAGCACUCAAAAUUAGAGUAUACCCAGGCUACAGCCCUGCUGGACCACACUUUAACUAUUCCUGUGCUUGGAAAAGCCCAUAUCAGCUUUCAAACGUGAGCUUUAGGCCAAGAUGAACUCAGAAAUUGAGUCUCAUUACCCUCCAGUUUGGCUCCUUUUGGAAAUACAGCUUUUUUUUUUUUCCUCGUCUUGAAAUAAUAUUGGCAUUUCUUAUGAUUCUGACUCCUCCACGAGCUCCACUGGUUUCAAAGGCUUCUCCUACCACAUCAGCACAAUUUGAGUUGUUUUAUGCUGUAGUCAGCAAUGCUGUUUCCUGAGAAUUGCUACAGAACUAAGGCUUCCCUAGAAGCCAUCAGGAGUUUUAAAUCCCAAAAUUUAAAUCCAUAGAAAAGUAACUACUUUUUUAUUGGUUUGUUUCUGGUUUCUGAACUGCUGUUUAAAUAAAUGAACUGAUUUUCCUGGGAUAGGUAUUAAAAGCUUGUGCUUUAAUUUUUUGUUAAGAAAAAUAUUCGCUCUGGUAUUCAUUCAUGUAUUAUAAAUGUUUGUAUAAAGCUGAGAAAGUAUAAUUAAUAUGGCUACACCUUUGCUAUGCUUACAGAUUUUCCAAACACAGUGUUGAGUAUCUUUUCCUUUUGGCUGGUAUUUUUGUCACUUGAUGAAAAGAUUGCAAUUUUCUUCCUAUUUCCCGCUCUGUUUAGCUUAAAAAAAAAGUAAAACAUUUUGUUCUCCUCGUC